GAUGCUCGGCAUCCUCAAGGUCGUGCGGUCAAUGUUCCUGAAGGAAUGUUCGCAUGGAUAUUGCUUUCGAAUUGGCUUGUGAAGCACUCAAAUGUAACGAAGUUCCAGUAGGAUGUGCUUUUGUUUAUAAUGGAGAAGUGAUUGCAUCUGGUCGCAACGAAGUAACUGAUUAGUAGGAGUUUUGUGAUUUCUAGGUGAAUGCAACUAGAGAUGCUACUCAACAUGCUGAGAUGGUGACUAUUAGACGACUGGAACAAUGGUGCCGAAAUAACGGAAAGGAGCUUGACAAGGUUUUGACCGAAUGCGACCUUUUUGUUACAGUGGAACCCUGCAUUAUGUGUACGGCUGCAUUACGGUUUUGUCUUCCAGCUCAUCUGAAAAGUAUUACAUAUGGUGCUCGUAAUGAACGCUUCGGUGGAUGUGGUUCAGUCCUAAGUGUACACAAUUCUCCUAGUCCAGUCGCUCCACUAAACUGCAUAUCCGGAGUUGAAGCAGAGGCAGCUGUUAAACUGCUAAAGAAGUUCUAUGCACAAGAAAAUGAAAAUGCUCCCGAAGAACUUCGAAAACGCAAGCGUGUUAUGUAGUUGUACUAAGUAACUGAGCGUUUUUAUUUUACCAUCGACUUUUUGUUGUAAAUAUAUGCAUAUGAAUGACCCAUCGGUGUUAUGAAUACUGUAUCUGACGUAUCCUGAGUAUGUUGGUCGAUUAAUCCACUUUUUAUCCCUAAAAUAAAUAUCUGAACAAACUCCUUUUUAACUUAUUGUGUUACAAACAAAUUUCAGAAACGCUCGGAUCUUUACUGUAAAUGAAAUAUUUUUAAUCGCGUUGUUCAAUAUAAAACAUCCCCAU